GUGUACGCGGUAAAAUACGGUUUAACCGGGAGAAGACAAAGAGGGAGAAUCACUGACAAUUUGAAAAAAAACCCAAUCGUCGACACCCGACAGUCCACUCUCGGAUCCGAUCCGUCUUAUAUUCCCUCCCAUUCCAUCUCUCUCCUCCUCCUGCUCUUCUAUCUCACCUUACCAUCCACAUCACACCUACAUCCACCAGAUGCUUCCUUCGCACUUCCAUCACCAACAACACUACCCUCACACAAAUUCCCUUUCUGCACCUCCAAAUUUCCCCCAUUUCCUCUCCCUACCCCCUCACCGCCACCGCCGUCGGAUUUAUGUAUAGCAGAAAAGACAUUCUAGGGUUUCUGUGUUCUGGUCUCAUCCUUGGCGCCGGAUAAGAUCAACUGACUCGACGAAUUGGAUCAAUGCUGGUCCCUGGAAUUCUAGGGUUUCAGGGCCUCCUACUGCUCCUCGUCCUGGCCUGUUUCCUUGUGAUUCGUCACAAGUGGAAGAAUGCGGUGGUCAAUAAAGAGGAAAUCAUGCGUCUUGUGGCUAUGGCUUCCGAAGAGACCGCUGUCGCUGAGUUUCAGGCCACGUCUCCUUACGCUCCGGUUGUGCAGCCGGUGUCCUUGCCGUACCACUGUGCCGUCUGCUAUGCCAGCACCACAAUGCGCUGCUCUAAAUGCAAGGCUGUCCGAUACUGUUCUGGUAAGUGUCAAAUCAUUCAUUGGAGACAAGGUCACAAAGAUGAAUGUCAGCCUUCAAUUGAUGCCGUGCAGUUCCAAGACAGGAGUGACUUCGAUGGUGAAGCAAUAUCUCAUCACGAUGGAAAAGGAUCACAAGCUAAUUUAACCACAUUCAGAACUGCAUCUUGGGAUGCCAGAGAGAAACUUCUUUCUGAUGGUGUUGCUCCUGAUCAGCUUGAGAAUAUGUCAUUACCCUCAGGAUGCGCUAAGUUGGCGAAUAUUCAGGAGGACAUAUCACAUGCAAAUAAGUUAAGUAAAAUGAAAUCCAGUCAUACUGAUAAAGAGGUUGAAUCUACACCAAAAAUUCCCAAAGCCAAGAAAAACAUAUCUGGUGAUGCUCAGCCUGAGAAUAUUGGCAGUAAGAAGCUGACCAGAAGACCUAUUUCAUCAGAAAAGAAACAUACUGAUGCCUGUAAGUCCAAGAGCUCAUCAAGUAAUGACACAGAAGAUGAGUCUAAAGAAGAAGAAUCUCUGUCACAUAGGGUUUCUAUUGAUCGGCCAUCUUCAACCACUGGAGAGCAUAUGUAUUCCAGUUCUAGAUAUGAAAAGAUUGAAGCUUAUCAUGCAUUGCCUACAAAUGAAAAAGUUGGUAGUAUCCCAAACUUGCCACAAAAUGCUUGUAAUGGAUUGAAAACUUCUGUGAGGAAAGUUGUGCAGCAGUUUAAAUCCUCGAAACAACUGAAAUCCAACCUCUCAGGUCGUGGAGAAGAGACUGUUGGAAAAUACAAGGUAAUUUUUCCGUAUGAACUGUUCGUGAAACUGUACUCCUAUGACAAUGUGGAUCUUUGUCCAUUUGGCCUUAUGAAUUGUGGGAACAGCUGUUAUGCUAAUGCGGUGCUCCAGUGUUUAGCAUUUACUCGGCCUCUUGCUUCUUAUCUUCUUCAAGGGCUUCAUUCUAGAGCAUGUCAAAAGCAUGACUGGUGUUUUAUCUGUGAGUUUGAAAUUCUUCUUAUGAAGGCAAAGGAAGGGAAGUCUUUACUGUCCCCGAUCAGGAUACUAUCUAAAAUACAUAAAAUUGGAAGUAAUCUUGGCCGUGGAAGGGAAGAAGAUGCUCAUGAAUUUUUGAGGUAUGCUGUUGAUACCAUGCAAUCUGUUUGCCUCAAGGAAGCCGGGGCUGUUGGUCCUUUGGCAGAAGAAACAACUCUAGUAGGCAUGACUUUUGGAGGCUACCUUCGAUCUAUGAUAACGUGUAUGAAGUGCCUUGGAAAAUCUGAGCGAUUUGAGCAGAUGAUGGAUCUUACUGUCGAAAUUGACGGGGAAAUUGGAACUCUUGAAGAGGCUCUAGCACAAUUUACGGCUACUGAAACUUUGGAUGGAAAAAAUAGGUACCAUUGUAGCAGGUGUAAAUCUUAUGAAAAAGCCAAAAAGAAAUUAACAGUUAUGGAGGCACCAAAUAUCCUUACAAUUGUGUUGAAGCGUUUUCAGUCUUGUAACUUUGAGAAGCUGAAUAAGUCGGUACGGUUCCCAGAGGUUCUCAACAUGUCACCAUAUAUGGGUGGAACAAGUGAUAGAUCUGCUUUGUACAGUCUUUAUGCUGUGGUUGUUCACUUGGACAUUAUGAAUGCUGCAUAUUCAGGCCAUUACGUGUGUUAUGUAAAGAAUAAUCAGGGGGAGUGGUUCAAGAUUGAUGACAGUUCAGUUGAACCUGUGGAUUUAAAGAGGGUGUUAUCCCAAGGGGCAUACAUGCUUCUUUAUGCAAGGCGCACUCCACGGCCCCCGGCCUUUCUUGGAAGUACUGCCGUUUCCAAUGGUGAGAAAUUGAAGAGAAGGAACUUGGAAGCUGUUCCUUCCAGCCAUACCAAAUCCAAAUCGAGAUCUAAUUCCGUGGUUCCAAGUCUCAUCAGCAAUCAAUCACUAAAUCAAGAUCCAGAUGAUUGGAGAUUCCAUUCAACGCACAGAUUUCCUUCUUUGGAUUCAUCAAGUGAGAGUUCAUCCAUUUUCAGCUCGUCAGAUGCAAGUUCUUGUAGCACCGUGAGCACCAAGGACUCUUCCAGCAAUGAAGAUCUCUCUGAUUACAUAUUUGGCGAAAUGGGACCCGACUGGUACAGCCAAUAUAGCAGGCAUUCAUCAGCGGCGAUGACCGGCUUGUACGGAGAAAGAACCUCAACAGUUUUGUGUAGCGACAGAAGUAGACAUCGUAGAAAGUCAACCUCGGAUUAGUUAGCAGUGGUAGCAGGAGUAGAAGUAGGGAAAUUGACCAGCAGAAAUUUGUAUGGUCCAAUAUUCCACCCGUUGGGGAU